AUGCCAAUUCAAAUUUUAAAACCAAAUCCCAUCAAAUUCAAUGAACAAGUAUUUGACAUUUCAUUUCAUCCAAAUCAAAAUGUUAUUGCAACAGGAUUAAUAACAGGAGAAAUUUUUUGUCAUCGAUAUUCGUGUGAUUCAAAUCAAGAGAAUGAGAAAUUGUUAUCAUUGAGAGCACAUAGAAAACCUUGUCGUGGGUUAAUAUUUAAUCAUGAUGGAAGCAAUUUAUUUACAAUUUCAAGAGAUAAAUCAUUGAAAAAAAUUAGUUUGGAAUCUUCAAGUGUCAUAGUUGAAAAAUCUAAAGCUCAUGAUAAUCCAAUCAACUGUAUUAAAUUAUUAAAUGAAAAUUUGUUAGUUACAGGAGAUGAUGAUGGAAUUAUAAAGUUAUGGGAUUUAAGAAGUGAAAGCAAUGUUAUGGAAUAUUCAGAACAUGAAGAUUUUAUUUCAGAUUUAGAUUUUAGUUCUGAUUCAAGAACUUUAAUUUCUGUUAGAAGACCAAAUUUGGUUGCAAUGUCAGAUGAACAAGAUGAUGAAUUAUUAUCUAUAGCAAUUGUCAAAGAUGGUAGGAAAGUAGUUGUUGGAAGUCAGGAAGGAGUAAUAAAUUUAUUUACAUGGGGUGAUUGGGGUGAUAUAAAUGAUAGAUUUUUAGGACAUCCGAGCUCAAUUGAUUCAAUAGUUAAAAUAAACGAAGAGACUUUAUGUACUGGCUCAAGUGAUGGAAUAAUCAGGGUAAUUGGGAUUUUACCAAAUAAGUUCCAUGGAGUUAUUGGAACUCAUGAUGAAUUUCCAAUUGAAUGUAUAAGAUUAUCACAUGAUCAAACAUUUCUUGCUAGUUGUUCACAUGAUAAUUUUGUUAAGUUUUGGGAUGUAAG